CCUGAAAAACACAGCCAAAGAAAGUGAAUUAAGCAGAGAGAGAGAGAGAGAGAGAGAGAGAGAGAGAGAGAGAGAGAGAGAGAGAGAGAGAGAGAGAGAGAGAGAGAGAGAGAGAGAGAGGGAGGAGGGGAAACAGUAUCAUCAUAUACAGGAGGGUUUCACAGAUCCAUCAAAGAUUCAAGAUCCAUCUCAGGUUUCUACCAAAGAUCAAAGUUUUUGAUCUGAAAUUUCUAGAAGCAAUCAAGUUUCUGGGGUGGGUAGUUGGGGGCAAAUUUAGGGAACUUCCAUAGAUUCUUGAAACCCUCAAAUAUCUACAAAGUUCUUGAAGUGAGAAAAAAAAAAAAGAGAAGAAAGAAUGGCAACAAUUGAAAUGGAGAGUGUUGUGCAACAGUGUGUGUCUUCUUCAUUAGAUGGGGGGGUGGUUGAGGAUGAAGAGAUCCACUCAUACCCUCAUCAUAACAGUAACAAAAAUAAUCAUCAUCAUCAUCAUCAUCACCAUUACUCUUCAAAGCCUAGAAAUUCUGGGAUCUACCCUCCCCCUCCCCCUAAUGUCCAUGAAUUGCUGGAAUGUCCUGUCUGCACUAACUCUAUGUAUCCACCAAUCCAUCAGUGCCACAAUGGACACACUCUAUGUUCGACUUGCAAGACAAGGGUGCACAAUCGAUGUCCUACAUGUCGACAAGAGCUUGGUGAUAUCAGGUGUUUAGCACUAGAAAAGGUUGCAGAGUCACUAGAGCUACCUUGCAAGUACAUGUCUAUGGGCUGCACAGAAAUCUUUCCAUAUUACAGCAAACUCAAACAUGAAGCAGUGUGCGAUUUUCGACCCUACAGCUGUCCUUAUGCCGGUUCAGAGUGUCUAGUUACAGGGGACAUAGCUUUUCUAGUGGCCCAUUUGAGGGACGAUCACAAAGUGGAUAUGCACAGCGGCUCCACCUUCAAUCAUCGCUAUGUUAAGUCGAAUCCUAGAGAAGUCGAGAAUGCUACAUGGAUGCUAACUGUUUUCCAUUGUUUUGGGCAGUACUUCUGCCUUCACUUUGAGGCAUUUCAGCUAGGUAUGGCCCCGGUUUACAUGGCAUUUCUACGUUUCAUGGGUGAUGAGACCGAAGCACGCAACUACAGCUAUAGUUUAGAGGUCGGAGGAAAUGGCCGAAAGCUCAUAUGGGAAGGCACACCAAGAAGUAUAAGGGAUAGCCACCGUAAGGUGAGGGAUAGUCACGAUGGACUUAUCAUCCAACGCAACAUGGCGCUAUUCUUCUCUGGGAACGACAGGAAGGAGCUUAAGCUUAGAGUUACGGGUAGAAUUUGGAAGGAACAGCAAAGUCAAGAUUCCGGGGUGUCCAUACCAAGCAUUUGUAUCUAAGCAAGAAGUUAAUUUGGGUUAUAACCUAUUCUGUCUAUGGCUUCCUAAUUUGUGUGGUUGUGUGUCUCUUAAGACCUGUAAGAAUGUGUGUAUCCAAAACAUUCCACUUGCUAAGUACCAAAUUGCCCAUUGCCACCUUCAA